AACAGCCCGUGGAUCGUUACAAGGGCGUAACAAAGUGCUGAAAAGUAUAAGGGUAUAACAGCCGUAUGGAGGCGCCUACGAAGUAUGAGAACAUCUUGCCCCGACUGACGGAUUCGUAUCGAUGGUCUGAAGGCAAUGAAAGUGUGUUGCUAGAACCGUACCUGUAUACGACGGGGAACCCGGGGAAGGACAUCCGCGGACGGAUGAUCGAGGCUUUUAAUGUCUGGUUGCGCGUACCGGAAGAUAAGCUGAAGAUUAUUACGAAGGUCGUCGGUAUGCUGCACAGCGCUAGCUUGAUGGUGGACGAUAUCGAGGACGACUCGCAGUUGCGGAGAGGAAGUCCAGUCGCUCAUAAGAUCUAUGGGAUCCCGCAAACAAUCAACACAGCCAACUACGUGUACUUCCUUGCCUACCAGGAGCUCUUCUCCCUGCGUGACCAUCAUCUAACGAGGAAGAAGGAGCUCGACCGCAUCGUCACUUCGGAACUGCUAAACCUCCACCGUGGCCAGGGUCUGGAACUGCUCUGGCGUGACUCGCUCCAAUGUCCGACGGAGGAAGAAUACAUCGAGAUGGUCAACAAUAAAACUGGGGGUCUGUUCCGAAUAGGCAUUAAGCUCAUGAUGGCUUGCGCAACGCAGAACGUGGAUGUAGAUUACGUUCCGCUCGUCAAUCUCAUGGGCGUGUACUACCAGAUUCGCGAUGACUAUAUGAAUCUCAACAGUUCCCAGUAUACGACGAACAAAGGCUUCGCAGAGGACCUGAGCGAGGGCAAAUUCUCCUUCCCAGUAGUCCAUGGCGUCAGAGCCGACACCUCCAACAGACAAAUCCUUAAUGUCUUGCAGAAACGCCCGACCACGCCGACACUCAAGACGCAUACGAUCUCGUACCUACGACACCACACAAAGUCGUUCGAGUACACGUUAGGCGUUCUUGGGACACUCGAGAAGCAGGCGUAUGAAGAGAUACGUAGGCUCGGCGGGAAUGCAAAGCUGGAGGCGAUUUUGGGGGCAUUGCAUGUUGACGAGGAGUUGGGUUCUGAGUAAGUCGACUAGAGAUCAAGAGGGAUGCUAAUUAGAUUAACAGUGACAGAUAUAUAUAAUCAUACAUAUUGGUGUAAUUUCUUAAGAUAGCAUGCUUCAUCUGAUCUAUUUUGAUCAUUCUUUGGC